CAAAAGUAUGGGAUGUUGUUCUUGACACUUCCACCAUGGAGAUCAGUUGUGGUUGUAGAAAGUUUGAAAGGAUGGGUCUUCUUUGUUCGCAUGCCCUCAAAGUCUUCACCCUGCAGAAUGUUGACACAAUUCCAGAAAAGUAUGUUUUGAAACGCUCGACAAAAGAUGCCAGGAGAAGCAUGUAUACACUUGCUCAGGAUGAUUCAACCCAACAGGAAUGCACAGAGGCUGAAUUUGCAUAUCGCAAUCGGGCAAUGCAUUAUGCAUAUAACCUAAUUAUAAAGAGCCAGGAACUGGAAGAAUCACGAAAAAUAUUCUGGGACUCCCUUGAAACUGGAGAGAAGGCACUGGAAGUGUUCUUUGAAAUGAGAAACAUGCGCACUCAAGCAGCAAAGGAUGCUGAUAAGAAUGUAAAGAAGAAGAAAAAAACAUCAAAAGGAACAAACCCAAAAAAAGCUAAACAAGCCCCAGGAGUUUCCUCAACUGGUCCAGAGCUGAUAGUCCAUACUAAUGAGCAUCAAUUUCAAUCUUCACAAGAUGCUCAGGGUAAUGCAACCAUUGGAAGACCAUAUUACUAUCAGUUUCAUCGACUAAAAGAGCAAGCACAGAUUCUGAAGCAUGAAACUGAGAGCGUCGCUGAAAUUUCUAAUGAUAAUGUCAGAUCUCUAAUGGCCUUGUUUUUCCCCGUGUAA